AAGUUGCUAAGUCACCGAAGUGAGUGCCCGUUUAGGGAGAGUUCUUUUGUGAACACAGUGAGCUCACUGUGGGCUGCGGUUCCUAAUCUCUAACUUAGAAACCAACCGCUCCAUCUCCAUCUCUCCAAAUGGCGUCACCGUCAGAUCACAAAGCCGCCGUAAUCGACGGUAAGGCGAUCGCCCAGACCAUCCGAUCCGAAAUCGCCGAUGAAGUCCGUCAACUCUCUGAGAAAUAUGGCAAGGUUCCAGGGUUGGCUGUUGUCAUUGUAGGCCACAGAAAGGAUUCUCAAAGCUACGUGAGUAUGAAAAGGAAGGCAUGUGUUGAAGUUGGGAUAAAAUCGUUUGGUGUAGACCUUCCAGAACAAAUAUCUGAAGCUGAAUUGAUUAGCAAGGUCCACGAGUUAAAUGCAAAUCCUGAUGUACAUGGAAUAUUGGUUCAGCUGCCAUUGCCAAAGCACAUCAAUGAAGAGAACAUUUUGAGUGAAAUCAGUCUUGAAAAGGAUGUAGAUGGUUUUCAUCCUUUAAACAUUGGCAAACUUGCGAUGAAAGGCCGAGAACCUCUUUUUGUUCCCUGUACCCCUAAGGGUUGUCUGGAACUUCUAUCGCGAAGUGGAAUUAGUAUAAAGGGGAAAAAUGCAGUUGUUGUUGGUCGUAGCAACAUAGUUGGAUUACCAGUGUCACUGUUGCUUCUGAAAGCAGAUGCCACGGUAACCAUUGUCCAUUCCCGCACUGAUGAUCCGGAAAGUAUCAUUCGUGAAGCUGACAUCAUUAUUGCUGCCGCUGGGCAAGCAAAGAUGGUCAAGGGCAGCUGGAUUAAACCUGGUGCUGCCGUUAUUGAUGUUGGGACAAAUGCUAUUGAUGACCCAAGUAGGAAGUCGGGUUAUAGGCUAGUGGGAGAUGUAGAUUAUGAAGAAGCAUGUAAAGUGGCCGGAUGGAUUACUCCUGUUCCUGGCGGUGUGGGUCCAAUGACUGUUGCAAUGCUACUGAGGAACACCGUGGACGGUGCAAAGCGUGUAUUUGGGCAGUAAUAUGCUCCAUACGUACUCUCUUUUAAUAUGUUUUGCCAAUUUUCUUCACAAGUGUUGUCCUCCGUGUUCACUCCAUAAUAGGCCUAGCACAUCCCAACCUUUACUUAUUGCUAUAAUCAAAGGAUUUUGCAUCUAUUUUUAUUAGCAUGAUGAUACAUUCGCAUGAAGGGCCACUACAAAGUAUGUUUAGAAGUCCUUCUGGAGGCAGAGUUGUGAAGAGCCACCAUAUAGUUUAAUUCCAGGCAGGGACAUGUGAACCAGCAAGAUUACCCGUACCUAUUUUUUGUUAUCCCUUCAAUUAUAUCGUCGUAAUAACACUUUUCACAGGAAA